AUGCCUUACUUGUACAGCAACAGGUCCAGAGAAACGGAGGAAGAAGACGAUGUUGAAGACAAUGAAGAGGAGGAGGAAGAGGAUCAGAAAGAGGAUGAGGAACAGCAAGAGGAAUAUCAUGAAGAUCAGCAUGAAUAUCAUGAAGAAGAACAUGAUGAUGAGGAUAAUAUUCAAGAUGAAGAGGAAGAGGAUGUCCAUCACGAAGAUGAAGAACAUGAGGAUGACAAACCCGAGGAACAUAAUGAGGAUGAAGAGGUAGAAACGGACAAGGAAGAGGAGUAUGAUGAAAAACUUGAAGAAAUGAAAGAAUUAGAAGAAGAAGUUAUCCAUGCAAUGGAACUCGUUCCGACGUUGUACUCCCAACUUAAAACAAACCACAUUACAAUAGUAGCGCAAUCUUUAAUUCAUGGGACACAUAUUGAUGAUCUCAACGAGUUGACUGAUCACUACGAAAAUCUUUCGGAAGCUUUGUCAAAGUUGGUUGCUUUCAAUUACCAAGAGUUUAACAAAUCCAUCAGAAACUUCUCAGAUAUACUUGAGGAGCUCAAGGAAUCGCAAUCGAAAAUCCAACAAUUAAGGAACGAAGUAAGGAAAACAAAGUCAUGUUUAACGUCUCAUGCAGUAGACCUCUCAUCGUUGUACACCAAUUUCCUCCAACAUUCAGAAUACUUAAGAAUUCUAAACAUUGUUCACCAGAUGAAGUCCGUUCCCGAAAAAAUUGCAUUCCUUAUUGAAAAAAAACACUUCUCGAGUGCCAUCAAGCUUAUUCAGAGAAGCUGUGUCUUUUUAAAAAACAGCGAAGAAGUGAAAUUCAUCAAAGGUCUCGAAGAAAUUCGAAGCCAAAUCAAAAACUAUGAAAAAAAAUUGCCCGAGUUGAUGAUAAAUGUUCUCACCACUCACUUGUACAGUGUGGACGUUGAAAAGUGCAAAGUAGACACUAGAAACAUCAGUUCAUUCAAGGAUACCAAUAUUCAACCAAUUCAUCAAAGACCUGCUUCCAUCAACAAUGAAAUAAUUAGAAAAGAAAUUGAUAGACAGGAAUACAAUCGUAAACUUGGAAGAACAAUCACGAAUGAAUUUAUGAUGGGCCUAAAUCCUUCUCUCAAUCUAGAUUUUGAGUUUGACACGGAUCUAUCAUUUGAUCCAGAACAAGACAGUAAUUACUUCUUGUCCAUGUUGAUCGAUGGUUUGGAUACUUUAGGCAAACUUUCCCUUCUUCAAUCAAGAAUGGUUCAUAGCUUACAAUUCGACAUUCGUUCUUUAAUUGAAAAACACAUUCUUGAUUUUGUAUCUCACAUGAAUGAGAAGAACGUGCUGUCUAAAAACCAGCCCCAAACUUUCAAAGACCAAUUUCACAAAAUAACCAAUUCAAACGUUGGUUUGCGAGGAGAGGUGCCAUUUAUUAUCGCAAUUAUCCAAGGAAAAACUUUGCAAAAGCUAUUUCAGAAAAUAUUUGACAAUAUUGUUAAUCUUUUGAAGAAGUAUAACUUUAUGAUUGGAAUCAUGGAGUUGAGAGCUGCCAGCCUCGAUUUUAGCAGCUUAGCGCAAAGCAGUAGUGACCUCAUUGCAACGCCUUUGGAUAUAAAAGUUUCAAAGCCGGUAUUGUCAAAGAUUAAGGAAGAGGUCAAACAAAAAUUAGAGCAUUUAAAAAACACCAAUCCCAAAUCAAAUGCCAAGGAAGUUCACAAAUUAUAUGCCACAACGCUUGAAGAGCUUUUGAACAACUUUUUAAACACCAAAUUAGAGGAAGAUUUAUACGUGAGAGACAUAAUUUCUCUGUUUGAAAAUCAAAUGGUCCUCAAAACGACACGACAAAAUCUAUCAGCCAUUGAAAUUGUAAAGGAAAAAUUUGUACAUUUAAUUACGGAAACAGUCUCUGAUUCGUCAUGCCCACACACUUUCACGGCAACCUAUGUUUGGAAAACUGCCCAAGAAGAAAUCAAAACAGUGUUGCGCGAUUUAUUUGGCCUCUCUAACAUGUCCCUUUUUGGCGGCUCUGAAAAAUCAAAUGGUAUGGAUUCUGCAAAGACAAAAGAUCCUGGAGUUCCAACAGGUUCUGACGACUUUUCUGUUUCUUUCAAGUAUUGUAACAAUAUUGACGUUUAUGAGCACAUGCAAGAGGAAAAGACCAUAGAUUCGAGCUCCAUUAUUUCUACUGCUCUUUCACAACAUUUUGUUCUUUCACCGUAUAACCUACUUUGGGCGUAUAAGGAAGUUACAGGUUUCAUUGAAAAGUGCAACAACAUUAUUUUUGAUGAAUCAGAGUCGUCAUCAUCUGAAUAUACAUCACUGAAAGAAUUUUGUGAUGAGACAGUACGACAUUUUCUGUUAUCAAUUGUUAGAAAUGAUUAUAGAACAAAAAUUAGCGAGCUAUUUAGGAAAAAUUCACAUGCAUUCACAAGCAUUCACCUCAAAGAUUUUGAAGACUACACGGUCAUUUUGAACACAAGUGGAACAACCAGAACUGUUUUUUAUAGCUCUCUUUGCUGUUUAAGAUGGAUUUAUGAAACCAUUAGCAUUGCAAGAACAAUUCCAGUUCAAAAACCUGAUUUUUAUGGAGUGGUUGAGCAAUUGUUAAAGAGAUAUUUAGACGAAAACACUACAUUUUUCGAUUUAGCAAUUUCCACAAGCUAUUGUCAACAAAUUUUGAAACAAUGCAGAGAAGUCUUACCAUUCUUGAUUAGUGAAGCAUUAUUUGUCAAAGCACAACAGUGGAGACCUCAGCAACUAAAACAAGCACAGACAGACGUCGAACAUAUUCGAAGGCUCUUUGAACAAUAUAUAGACAUUCCUAUCAGAAAUUUAGUUUUCGAUCCAUCCCGAAAGUCACAUAUAAUUGAUCGAACUAGUGGCUUCAUAUCACUUGCAACUUUAAACAAUACCUUAGAAUGGGUUUUGGAAAAUCUUUACAGGUUCCACUAUGAGACUGUUCAGAAUUUACCGUCAUCAACAAACAAUUCACAAAAUAACACAAAAUCCAAACCAAGGAGAUUAUUAAGUAAUCCGAACACAGUAGUCACCUUGCUGGCUAAUUCUAGUUUCCAAAUUGUGAAACAUUUGGAAGACUAUUAUGACAAAUUUGUUUCGAUAUAUAAUGAUUGCUUACUGGCUCUUAAAAUAGAUUUGAGAAUUCGUUGUUUCUAUUACAUUAACAGAGGCUUUAGUGAGAACAUUAAGGAGGGUGCCUAUGACUGUGAAGAACAAAUUGAUUUACCUGAGUCUUUUGUUGAAGAAUUCAACAAGGAUAUACAUGGUAUUCAUCGGGCGUUAAGCAUGCAUCUCUCUGAAGAGAAGAUGACUUAUGUAUUCGGAGGGUUGGGCAAGUUUGUAUCCGAUCUCUUAGUUGGUACUGUGGUUUCACAUUGCGUCAAUAAUGACAAUACAACAACAGACAACCAGUCAACAAUGGUUCCAACUUUCUCUAGGGCUGGUGUUGAAAUAAUGAAAAGCAACAUUUCUGCCCUUCAACAACAAAUAAGCUCCAUAACGCAAAAGCAUGAACAUCACUUCAACAACGCUAUUGAAUUUUACAACUUGUUGCUUUUGGAAAAGAUUCAACUAUUAUAUCAUGUCAAAUCAAUGACGAGAUUUUCCAAACAACAAUACCUAGCUGCAUUUCGAAUUGUCACUCACAAUCUUGGACCAGAGGAACGAAAAAAAGCAGAGAAAGAAUUCGAGACAGCAUUUCACAGAGCUACUAUGGAAAAAAAAUCGGCUUCCAAACUUUCAACCAAAGAACAUGAUCAGUGA